GGCCGCCGGCAGUCGCUCUCGCGCCGCGUCCGGGUUGCACCUCUCCGCUCCUCGCUCCUCGCUCUCGCCGCCUCGGUCUCCGCCAUGCUCUCCGUCCGCGUCCCGCUCGCCACCCUCGCCGACCAGCAGCAGCUGCAGCUGUCGCCGCUGAAGGGGCUCAGCCUCGCCGACAAGGAGAACACGCCCCCGAGCCUCAGCGGGACCCGCGUGCUGGCCAGCAAGACCGCCAGGAGGAUCUUCCAGGAGCCCGCGGAGCCGAAGUCCCCGGCGCCUGCCGCUGGCGUGGAGGACGAGCCCCUGCUGCGGGAGAACCCGCGCCGCUUCGUGAUCUUCCCCAUCGAGUACCACGACAUCUGGAACAUGUACAAGAAAGCCGAGGCGUCCUUUUGGACCGCGGAGGAGGUGGACCUCUCCAAGGACAUCCAGCACUGGGAAGCCCUGAAGGAGGAGGAGAGAUACUUCAUAUCCCACGUGCUGGCUUUCUUUGCGGCAAGCGACGGCAUCGUCAAUGAGAACCUGGUGGAGCGGUUCAGCCAGGAGGUUCAGAUCACUGAAGCCCGCUGUUUCUACGGCUUCCAAAUCGCCAUGGAAAACAUACACUCCGAGAUGUACAGCCUCCUGAUUGACACGUACAUUAAAGAUCCCAAGGAAAGGGAAUUUCUCUUUAAUGCCAUUGAGACGAUGCCUUGUGUCAAGAAGAAGGCGGAUUGGGCCUUGCGUUGGAUUGGGGACAAAGAGGCGACCUACGGAGAACGCGUCGUAGCCUUUGCUGCGGUGGAAGGCAUCUUCUUCUCUGGUUCUUUUGCGUCGAUUUUCUGGCUCAAGAAACGAGGACUGAUGCCCGGGCUUACGUUCUCCAAUGAACUUAUUAGCAGGGAUGAGGGUUUGCACUGCGACUUUGCCUGCCUGAUGUUCAAGCACCUGGUCCACAAGCCGUCGGAGCAGAGAGUCCAGGAGAUCAUCGUCAACGCUGUGAGGAUAGAGCAGGAGUUCCUCACCGAGGCCUUGCCCGUGAAGCUCAUCGGCAUGAACUGCGCCUUGAUGAAGCAGUACAUCGAGUUCGUGGCCGACAGGCUCCUGCUGGAGCUCGGCUUUAGCAAGGUGUUCAGAGUGGAGAACCCGUUUGACUUCAUGGAGAACAUUUCACUGGAAGGGAAGACCAACUUCUUUGAGAAGAGAGUGGGCGAGUAUCAGAGGAUGGGGGUGAUGUCGAGCCCGACCGAGAACUCCUUUACCCUGGAUGCCGACUUCUAAGCGAACCGCGAGGAUGCGCUCUUAGUUUUCCCCUCCUGAGAAAAAAAAGAUUCGGAAAAGCGUCCCGAGCUGCACCACGAACUGUCCUAGUGUUAGUGCCUGGCGUCUGUAGCUACCUCAGUGUGCUCUUUCAUAGUGCCGGUGCUGUCUUCCAGGAAGCACGCUUCGGCAAAAGCGACCUGGACACUUAGGAGAGGCAGUCUGCCCUCGCGGGGGGACCCUCAGCCAGCCCGCCAGUAGGACGCCCCACAGUGGCUGCCACAGACAGGUGCAGGGUGUCGGCCUCGCUGCUUCAAAGCAGAUUCCAGGGUUUACUUGAGCAGCUUGCAUUUGAAGCCAGCACUUUACACAGACGUUGUGCUGUCGGGAACGCCUGGCCAGCUCGGUUUCUCCCGCGUACAAAGUCUUAUGUUUACCACUAAUGGGAACCAAUUCAAAAUUUACUUACUGAGCGACUAAAGCUAAAUCUGUCAUUUCUGACCUCGUGAAUGAAUUGAGGCACCUAAUGAACUUAAGGUGGUCCUCACGCCUCGGUCUGCGAUGCCCCUGAGGAAGCAGGGCUCCUGUGCAGCGGGGCGUGGCGGGGGACUGCCUGCCCCCUCAGCCUGUGGAGGGGCACAGGCGGCUCUCCAAGUGUUCUAGCUUUGCUCGUAGGAGAAGGUCCUUGCAGGGCCUCUUUGGGGGGGUCUAAGGUAGCAUUGUGAAUCUCCUGAUAGGCGGGUUUUGUUCGAGGACGAAGGUCUUGCUCCUGUUCACUGGUGAGACCGGGGCUGAACCGGCUCCCCUGGAGGCUGUUUGUGAUUUUGCUUGUGUCAGUAGGUACUGCUGACUUAGUCCGUUCCUAUUUACUAUGUGGCUUGAGUUAGGGUAUGGGUACUACGUAUGUCCUUUUAGGUCUCACCUGUGGUUCAUGCUUUGAAAAUCACCCCAUGUCAUCUUGAAGUUUAUGCUUAGUGAAAAUGACUCAGUGUAACCAGCAGCCACCUAAGUACGAUUGUCACCUGGCGGGUCCUAAACCUUCAGAAAAUAGGAGCUAUUCACACGUUCCGGAGAAGUGGACGUCCCAGGGGGAAGCAUGAACGUGGGUGACAGCUGGCUUGAAUCUGGCCUCCUGUUAGGGGAGAAGCAGCCGAGAUGUUUGGGAGGUGAAGGGGAGCUGGGAGCCGGGUGAUUGGUGGCUGAUGGUGUUGUGCAUUGCUGUUUCCAUCAUUUGCUGUAUAAACGAUCAAUUAUAAAAAUUCCUGUAACGUGGAGCCCUUUCUGUCUUUUAAAUUAUUGUUGCCUAACGCUAAUAAAUGCGAGUCAUGAA